AUGCCCGGCGCAAAUCUUGCAGCAUACCUAGCAAAGAAAUACCUGACCGCGACCACCUCCCAGUCCGCUCCUCAGUCCGACACAGUCUCAUCAGACUUCCUAGAUUCGACUCGCCCAAAGAAAAAGCGGCGGAAGAACAAGGACGAUUCCGCUGGAAGUGGACUGGUGAUUGCCGAUGACGAUGAAGACGUUUCACUUCGAAGCACCGCUUCACGAGGAAGGCGAGGGGAAGAAUAUGCGGAUGAUAUACCGACAUUCGAAACAAGCAUAAAAUCAGCAGAAUUUAGAAAAAAGAAAGGCGGAGGGGCUUGGAAGGUUAUUGCAACUCCAGCCUCGACAACUGGCCAGAGUCUGGACAACAAAGAUGAAGAUAAUGAAGCGGAUCGCAUCCUCGCUCAAGCAGCAGAAGAGUCUCGUCUACGCCGCCAGGAGAUCGAGGAUGAAGACGCUCCCAUGAUCGUCGAAGAAGAUGGCGGACCCCGCAUGCAAUCUGGUGUUCGCGCGGGUCUCCAGACUGCUGCAGACACUGCGGCCCUGGUCGCGAAGGAAGAGCGUGAGAAGCAAAGAGAUCUUGAAUCCCUAAAUCCAAGAUCCAAGUCAAAGAAACACAAGGAUCGGCGCGUUGAGGAGGAGGAAACCAUCUACCGUGACGCCACUGGCCGGCGCAUCGACAUUAGCCUAAAACGAGCCGAAGCCCGGGCCGCCGCAGAGGAAAAGGUCCGCGCGGAAAGGAAGGCAAAGGAAGAAGCGAUGGGUGACGUGCAGCGACGCGAGCGGGAAGAACGUAAGAAAGAAUUGCAAGAAGCGAAGUUCUUGAGUCUGGCCAGAGGCGUGGAUGAUGAGGCAAUGAAUGAGGAGCUACGUGCGAAAGUAAGGUGGGACGAUCCUAUGGCUGGGUACCUAGCGCAGCAGAAAGCGGAGGAAGCCGAUGGUACACUAUCCACAAGAAAAUCUAAAGGAGAUAGAGGUGGAAAGGCGGGAGUGAGGAAGAAGGUAUACACAGGUCCCCCGGCCGCCCCAAAUCGGUACGGAAUCCUUCCUGGGUGGCGGUGGGAUGGGGUCGACCGAAGCAAUGGCUUUGAGAAAGAAUGGUUCCAGGCACGCUCGAAGAGGGGGAGAGAAGAGGAAUUGCGGUUUCAAUGGCAAAUGGACGAGUGA